GCUCCGGCUUCCCACCAUCCCACCACCGGUCCGUCUUUUGCUUGCUUUGCCUGCUUUGCUUUGCUUGCGCUGCUUGCUUGUGCGUUCGUGCUCCUGCUCGUGCUGCGAAACCCGUCCUUCCUGCUUGCUUGCACUGUUUCGUUGGUCCUUUCUGGCUCUGGCUCCUGCACUGGGCUGUCUUUUUUCGCGCUUGCAAGCACAACCUAGGUAGCAUCUGCCGAGCUGUGCCUUCCCUUCCUUGUCCGUCAGGCCCUUAGCCACCUCCGUUACGUUUAGUUAGCCGUGCUUGGUUGCUCCUGGCACGCGCAAAAAAGCCUCCGUCGUGCGCUUAAUUGUGCCCUCACUGCUCAGUCACUCCAGGUCGUCUUCGCACUCCCUUGGGCUACGACCCGACCAGACCAGUCCGUCCGGGACCUUCAUCCUAGUAUCACCAAGAUACGACCCGCCGUUGUGUGCGCCUGUCCCGAGCUUCGACCGACCGCGACCCGUAGUAUCCGACCCGGCGCAUUCCAUCGCCUGCACUACUUUCGCGAACACCCUCCGCGCUUUUCUUAGUCCUAGCCCGCCUUGAACCCGCGCCUGCGCAUACGAACGCCAGUUACGCAAUACCUCAGAAGCAACCCGGCGCCCCUCGACAAGGGCUACAAAUACAAGCGCCCCGCCGUCUCCUCUGCAGCGUCAUCCGAGGCGUUUUCUUACCCCUUCAUCUGUCGUCACAGUGACAGCUGGAUCCUCUGUUCUUGAAGCAGCAGACUACUUGAAUUUGCUGUCUCGCAGCCAAGUUAUCCUCUGCCAAUACUCGAUCUCAACCAUUCUUCUGGAGCAAUUCUACUCGUCUUUGAUCACAGCCUCUCACCUAUCGACUUCGAGUCUCAGCGUUGUCUAGCUUCAAGUUUUCCGCACAAAACUCUGUCUAUUUCUAGGCGUGUGGCGUAAAGGUACUCAAAAGCCACUGAUUUCGUACCUCGGGAGUCAUUUGACAAUAGCGGACUUGAAUUAAAUCACGUCCUUGGUUACCUUGGUUUCACACCCUGAACGACAUUGCAGUCUGAUCUUUGUGCAGUUUGAUCAUCACUUACAACCAACUCAAUUUCAGAGUUCCCACAGGCUACCAUCCAACCCACCUGACAAGACACAUUUUCACCCUCUACAAAGGUACUGCCACUCGGAUCCGGGAACAAUGUCUUUCCCCCAGAACAACAACGGAAUGCCUGACGGCUCCACCCCCAUCAACGGUGGCAGCAUGGACGGCCAGUUUCCCCCUGCUCCUGCCAUGCAGGGUGCUCCUGCUGGACAAAACGCCGCCAACGAGUCUGCUCGCACCCUAUGGAUGGGUGAGCUUGACUCUUGGAUGGACGAGCAGUUCAUCAAGAGCCUUUACCAGAACCAGACCGGCGACAACGUGAACGUCAAGAUCAUCCGCGACCGUGGUACUGGUAAUGCUGGCUACUGCUUUGUCGAAUUCCCCUCCCCCGAGUCCGCCAACAAGGCCUUGACUCUCAAUGGCACCCCGAUUCCUGGCUCCAAUGGUCGACACUUCAAGUUGAACUGGGCUUCUGGCGGUGGACUGGUCGACCGACGCGACGAGCGUGGCCCCGAGUUCUCCAUCUUCGUUGGAGACCUUGGCCCUGAGGUUAAUGAGUUUGUUCUCGUGUCUCUCUUCCAGGCCCGCUUCCCCUCUUGCAAGUCCGCCAAGAUCAUGACCGAUGCUACCACUGGACAGUCGCGUGGUUACGGAUUUGUUCGCUUUGCCGACGAGGGCGACCAGCAGCGAGCUUUGCACGAGAUGCAGGGCGUGUACUGCGGCAACCGUCCCAUGCGCAUUAGUACUGCCACUCCUAAGCAGCGUAGAAACCAGAACCCCUACAACGGCGGCGGCCACGGCGGCCCGAUGAUGGCAAACGCCAUGCAGCCCGGCAUGGGUUGGGGCAUGCCUCAGCCUGGCCCCUUCUACGGUGGAGCUGGUGGCGGUUAUCCGGGUGCUGGCAUGGGCCAAGCUCCCAUGAACCAGUUCACUGACCCCAACAACACCACCGUGUUCGUCGGCGGCCUGUCAGGUUACGUGACUGAGGAUGAGCUUCGCUCCUUCUUCCAGGGAUUCGGCGAGAUAACUUACGUCAAGAUUCCUCCCGGAAAGGGCUGUGGCUUUGUCCAGUUCGUCCACCGUCACGCCGCUGAGAUGGCGAUCAACCAGAUGCAGGGAUAUCCUAUUGGGAACUCUCGCGUCCGCCUUUCUUGGGGCCGCUCGCAGAACAACUCUGGCGUGGGUACUCCUUACCGUCCUGCUCCUCCUCCUCCCCACUACGGCAUGGCGCCUCACGGUGGUCCUGGCCCUUACGGUCCCCACCACUUUGGUGGUGGCAACCCUCCUCCUCCCCCGAUGGCGUAAAUCGCGUCCUGCUUCAGCCGUGACAUUGCCUUGAUGCAUCGCAGAGGCGUUGGGCGUGCGGCGUUUCGGCUGACAAAAAGUCACGAUGAUAUCCGGAGUUUACGCUCCCUGUACCGGGUUUCCUUUCUUUUGUAGCGGUCCGCUUUCGUCGUCCACUGCUUCACGCGUCGAGAUACCCCCUUGUGUUCGUGCAAAUUACCGCACCGGAUGCUUCCCGUGUUCUGCCGUUCAGGUCAUGCUCGAACCAUUCUCGACAUUCCUUCUCUCUAAGCAGUUUCACCCCCUGCGGUCACGAUCGUUUUCAUGGUUAUCUGCCCACCCUUCUGGACGACACGAGUGCUCACGAUUACCUCUGGUUCGAAAAGUCUUCACGAUUGAUCACGAACAACACCACGCCACGAAUUUUCAACGACUUGGGGCGGAGUAGAGGAUAUGGGUGUUGGCGACGUGGCGUUCCAGCUAAUCAGUGACGGCGGAAAGAAAAACAAACACAACAAAAAUUCGAAAAAGAACUCUCCUUGCCCGUACAUCUUUCUACUUUCCGAAGCAUUGUCCUGAUGCGGCUUGGAUCUUGCCGCAAUUUCGGCAGGGGUUGGGCCUGGCGACUGGCAUUGCAGGUGAAAAUUCUAGGGGGAUCUGUAUUAUUCUUCACAUUCAAACAGGUAGUGCGUGGAGUGCGGCGGCGUAGCUGCUCUCUGUGGCGUUGAUUUCCACCUCCGUUGAGCUUCGACGGUGGACUCAAAAAUUGAUCAGUUCUGCUUUUUCCUACACAUGCUUGCUGCCCACGAGUCUGAAUUGCGAGCGCUUGAACCUGCAUUCUGUUUUGUGUACAACGGCGCACCUCCCAAAGCAAAGGCCACCUCCAUCUUUAUACUGGAACCACGCCCGGGGAAAAAGCACAGAAGGCCCAGCUAUGCUGCUGUAUCACCAGUCUUUAGCACACUUGGAUCAAGCUGAAAGACUGGGUAUACUGGAACUUCUUCGUUUCUUCCCCGGCAUGGUUUGGACCCAGAUAUGUUGCUGUCCUUUGCUUUGGUGGCUGCCAGCUCUCUUCACCCCAGCGUUUUUGCAGUCUCGACAUCUCUGCAGUCUUGUCCGGCCCGGUUUUUUUAUAUCUCCACCCACCAAUUCACCAUGGCGCAGGCGCUUUUAACUUGUUGUGUGUAUGUAUGCAUGUGUCAUGUAGACUGUGUGCGGUACCUCCCUACUAGCCAGCUAGUGUCUUUCUCUGUUUCUGCCCUCCCGCCCUUCUUCUCUUUUCUUGCUCCCAUGGACACGGGGCAGAGUGUAGACCGAACUAACGAACGAGCGAGCGAGCGAGCGAGCUGGUUGUAUGUACAUUUUGAAUGGGCUUGUAAAACCCAUUAUUUUGUUGAUGUGGAGAGGCUGGCGACUAACAGAUGACUUGGGUGUUUGUGUUUGUGUUUGUUGCCCGGGGAGCGAGGGCUUCUGGAGUAGAAUGUGUGUAUGUAGCAUGCAUGGCGUGUGUGUUUUUUAUCAUCUGGUGGGCAGCCAGGGGCGUUGGGGGUUCCUAGGUAAGAGGCCAGAGGCAGGCAAGGCUGGAGGGAGCUGGUGGGGCGGCUCUGGC